UGCGCAUAUUGUACGUUGUAUAUACCGGCGGAUAAUGGUGGAAAUGAACUAUGUACCGGCACAGUCAGGGAAGAGGCAGACGUCAACUUGUCAUUGUUUGGAAUCUUAAAAAAAACGGUUGAUUUAAAGCAGGGGAGUGACACUUUUUUGGCCUAAAGUAUGACCUGACAACCAGAUAGGUAAGACCCUAUCAACAAGUUUUUUUCUCCAUCUUCCCGCACCAUGAGUGGGUUAUAUUCCAAGCACAAUCAUGACGCGAAAAUCGUCGGUCUCUACGACUUGGAGGAGACGCUUGGACGGGGCCACUUCGCGAUCGUCAAGCUGGCUCGACACAUCUUUACUGGAGAAAAGGUUGCAGUCAAAGUGAUCGAUAAAUUGAAACUUGAUGAAGUAUCAAAGGCUCAUUUAUUUCAGGAAGUGCAAUGCAUGAAACUGGUGCAACAUCCCAAUGUUGUCCGGUUGUACGAGGUGAUCGAUACACAGACAAAAUUAUAUUUAAUCUUGGAAUUGGGAGAUGGCGGGGACAUGUAUGAUUACAUCAUGCAACAUGAAAAUGGUCUUGAUGAAGAACUUGCCAGAACUUACUUUCGACAGAUUGUGGAGGCUAUUUCCUAUUGCCAUAAACGGCGCGUUGUUCAUCGAGAUCUCAAGCCGGAAAACGUCAUCUUUUUCAAAAAGCAAGGUGUUGUAAAGCUGACAGAUUUUGGAUUUAGUAAUUGUUUCGUGCCUGGAAAGAAAUUGGAGACCUCUUGUGGAAGUUUAGCAUACUCAGCUCCUGAGAUUCUUCUUGGGGAUUCUUAUGAUGCUCCUGCAGUUGAUAUAUGGAGCCUUGGCGUGCUUCUCUACAUGCUGGUGUGUGGGGAACCCCCUUUUAAUGAAACUAACGACAGUGAGACAUUGACGAUGAUCAUGGAUUGUAAAUAUCUCAUGCCAGAUUAUUUAUCCAGGGAAUGUAAAAGUUUGAUAACUCGCAUGUUGGUACGCGAUCCAGCCAGUCGUGUGACGCUGCGAGAUAUAGAGAAUGAUCCCUGGCUCCAGCAAGGCAGGAGGGCAAGGAGACCUUCGGAUCCCAUCAUCACCAGGGAGCAGAUCUCUGAACAACUCCAUAAUAGUAUCCUGGACAUCAUGCUCAACGGCAAACUGGCCGAGAAGACUGCCAUAUUAGAGUCUGUGGAGAAGGACUGCUAUGAUCAUCUGUCUGCAACCUACUUCCUUCUGGCAGAGCGCAAGCUGAAGAGGCAGAAAGAAGAGAGGCUCAAGUUCUCAGCCAGUGACCUGAGAAAGGCCAUGAUCUCUGGUCAACCUAAUCAAAGUGCUGGAGGUCAAAGGAGAGCCCAAGAAGAUGUUCCACAUCCAAGCUCUAAGCCUGGUGUCAACAACAACAGCAAACAGACUGGCCAAGCCCCACCCUCCACCACGCCCCCGGCCUCCAAGCCCGUUGCUAUACCAGGGGCUAGUGCAGUAGGAAGCAAGCAUGACAGCCGUGGCCUGGAUGACUCACCCCUAUCUAAUAGUCCUAGAAGACAUCUUAUAGAGAGGGAACAUCUAACCAUCCAUCCCAGGCAUGGUCGAAGUAUUGUCAAGGAGGGCCUGGGCUCACUAGAUGAGGACGAGUAUCAACAUCUUGCCGAAGACGAGGAAGUAGAUGGACAGGAGAGCCAGGACGGCCAUCAAGAUCACCAAGACCCUGUAGCAUCAUCCACCUCGGAAGGCUGUGGCAAGGAUACAGGAGGGAACGGAGGCAAUAGGCAGUCUCUCAACAGCAACAGACAGGCCCUCCAGUCAAAGAUAUGCACAUCAGUACUGAACCAAAUUACAGAGGAAGAAGAUGAGUAUGAAUCUGACGAGGACCGAGGGGCAUUACGGAGGUUACCUUCGCGUGACAACAGACAACCAAAGACUUCCUCAAGUAGCAAGGACAAUGUACGACAAAUCAAACCCAGUAGUAAAAAGUUCACGCCUCCAUCACGAGGGGGUUACAGCUCCUCGGACGCCAGCGACGAUGAUUCAGAAUCCCGAAGAAGAUCAGACAGGUUUGAUUUGCCCAACCCAACAACCCAUCGGAGGGGGAGCAAAGAUGGCCCUCCUAGCUCAGGGAGCGAGGGUGGAGGAGGAUCACAUAAUACCCAUGGAGGUGGUGGUGGUGGUGGUAGUAGUGGCGGAGGGAGUAAUAAGCAGAAUGGUAAGGCUGGCAAAGGUAAUGAUUCUGGUGGUGCAAAUGGCAACAACACGUCCGGUGGAGGUACUAAAGGUUCUGGGAAAGAGCGCAAAAAGAGCAAUGAACUUCGUGAAAGUCUAAAAAUGAGCAAUCUCAGUGUGAACUCCUCGAACUCGUCGAGCUCGUACAGCAUAAGCAAAUACGCCAUUGACCCGGCUAACAACACGCCGAGUGAUUCCGACGAUCCCAACGCAGAGUCCAAGACAUGGUCGCGGAAAAACAACCUGCGCAAGGACCACGUGACUCGGUCGGACAGUAACCUCUACAUCAUUCCAAAGAACGGAGAGAAGCCCAAGCACAUUCACACGUCACCGUCCAAAACCAGUCUGAAGAGAGAUAGUUCCAAUCUAAGUGAGAAACUCAACUUGGAUCUCAAUAGUAACAUGCCCCGGCGAACCUCGAGAGAGACUAGAGACAUUCGUAAAAAGCGCAAUCGAAUCGCAAGCGCCAACGGUCAAGGGGGCAAAGGUAAGAAGGACCCGAACAAGAAAGUGGAGAGCAACUGCUGUCGUCUCAUAUAAUGUUUUAUCAUUUGGCAGAAUGUGUUUGCUGUAUGUCUGAAUGGAAUAUUAGUCAAUAUAACUUGCAGAGAUUGAAGCAACUAGGUAUAGAAUUAUAUACGGACUUCAUGAAUCUGUUUUGAUAUCCUGUUUUUAGUGUAGUGUUCUCAGGACUGUUGAUAUUACCAUUAAUUCUAGUGGAAUCCCUUGUUAGGUGUUUACAGCCUCGCAGUGCAAUUCUGCUGGCUCCAAAAUCCUUGUUUUGACAAUAUUGUCGUUUGUUGGUGAAUGCAUCUUCUAAUAAACUUAAUUUUUGAAGGAUCAGCAUGGUAUGUGAUGUACUCCUUCUAUCACAACAUCUUAUUCAGGGCCAUAUUUGGGAUUUCGGACAAUUUAAAGGUAGCAAGCAUUUAAUUCUGCUUUAUCCCUUCUCCAUUUUUUUUAAACCUUGUCAUAGCUACUUACAAUAAAAUAAGAGUUUAUGCAGACAUGAAUUUAUUUGAAUUGGAGCAGAAAACUUGAUUACAGGGCUCUUUACCCAAAACAUAACAGUUGAUCAUACGACUUCAUGAUCGAUAAGAUUGAUAAUUCUGUGCAAUUUGUUGUAAAUAUCAAUUAUAUGAUUAAAAAUUAGGGUUUGUGUUGCAGCAUCCCAAUCAGUUUUGAGGUUAGAGAAUGAUAAUCAGACAUUAACUUCUCAUGAAAUAACUUGAAAUCAAAUUAGCUGUGUGGUAUCUAGAUAUGACUCUUCCCCAUAUUUUUAUGUAGAAGUCCAAAUAUGCAGUUAAAUUUCAUUUCCAUCACAAGUGUUGCCAUGCGUAUUUUAAUCAGAUAUGAAUGACAUAUACA